AAUAUCUAAUCGAUGGCCAAGGUAAGAGCGCUAGACUGCCAUAUUAGAAGCAGACCGUGACUUUAGACAUCAAAUGUCUUCUUUCCCUCAGGCUUUAUUCCCACGAUCUACGAUAUUAUGUUUCGCCGUGUUGUAUUUUCGUGUCGAUGAAAAGUGUACGGCUCGUGGGUGUUUUGUACCCGGCACGUCGCUCCGUGCGUCUCGCGCGUCCGUCGUGCGUUGCUUUUAACUACUCCCGGGGGCUCCGAAAAUGAAAUUCCUUUCUUAAUUUAACUAGGAAACCGCGUGUGGAACUUAAUUGCGCUGUGCUGGUAGCGUGUCGCGUACCGCGCCGAGUGGAAGAGGCAGAAGAGGGAAAAGAAAAGGAGUAAUGUUUUUUGCUCGGAGGUUACGAGACUGGCAAUGAUUUGACGCUGAAGAUGGCAUAAAUCUCUGUGCUGCGCGUAUUUCUAUAGAAAGGUGGAAGAGAGGGAAAACAAAAGAGAGAGAGACACGGGAGAAAGAGUGAGAGAAAGAGAGGAAGAGAGAGAAAGGAAGAGAUGUGUCGGCGGAUAAAUUACUACAAUUUGCUUAAUAGCUAAUAGACUCAAAAUUACUGGUAUGCUUUUACGAUUCGUUCACCAUGUCCGUAUAUACGACGAUACUGCCUCUCAUCUUCCUGGGAUUAUUAGGAUCUGUAUCUGCAAAAGAUAUUAAGGGCUCAGUCUUUUGCGAAUUUUACAAUGACACAUUGUGUGCGGAAAACGAAGAAGAGUGUUUAAGAACAGAAGAAUGUGUUCAGUUGGAUGUAGACAAGCCUAAUCAUUGUUACGUGCUAUGGGGAGUGAACGCUACUACUCAAGAAACAAUAAUUAAAUUAAAGGGUUGCUUCUUAGAUAAUCAUGAUUGUCAUGAUAAACCGCUUUGUCUGGGGACUAGAAGACCAAAUGGCUUGUUUUUUUGUUGUUGCGAUACAGAUAUGUGUAACCAAAACUUUACUUUGGAUCCACAAAUAUCCAUUGAGCCUACAGAACCAUCUGUUAUUCAUGAACGUGAACCUGUGCCCGAUACAAAGCAGCAAGCAGUAACACUUGCCCUCUUAAUAGCAAUUCCUAUGCUUCUCACGAUUAGUUCAUUUUCUUUUUGGUGGCUCUACCGUCGUCGAAAAUUGGGCUAUUUCAACGAGGUACCGACGUUGGAACCUGUACCAUUGCCACAACCCUCACCUAAUCUAGGCUUACGACCUAUACAACUUCUUGAGAUUAAAGCUCGAGGUCGUUUCGGAGCAGUUUGGAAAGCCCAGUUCAAAAAUGAGAUCGUGGCAGUAAAAGUUUUUCCCAUUCAGGAUAAGCAAUCUUGGCAGACUGAACAAGAGAUCUUUAAGCUUGCACAUAUGGAUCACGAGGACAUAUUACACUUUAUAGGCGUUGAAAAGCGUGGAGAUAAUUUACAAGCUGAAUUUUGGUUAAUCACGGCGUAUCACGAAAAAGGUUCACUGUGCGAUUACCUAAAGGCAAAUAUUGUAACAUGGCCUGAGAUGUGUAGAAUUGCCGAAUCUAUGGCAAGAGGUUUAAUGCAUCUACAUGAGGAAAUCCCAGCUAACAAAGCAGAUGGCUAUAAACCAGCUGUAGCUCAUAGAGAUUUUAAGUCAAAAAACGUUUUAUUAAAGGCUGACAUGAGUGCCUGCAUAGCAGAUUUUGGCUUGGCACUUAUUUUUCAUCCAGGAAAACCUUGCGGCGAUACACACGGACAGGUUGGAACGCGAAGAUAUAUGGCACCAGAAGUUUUAGAAGGAGCAAUAAAUUUCACUAGAGACUCAUUUCUACGAAUUGACAUGUAUGCCUGUGGGUUAGUUCUCUGGGAAUUAGCUUCAAGAUGUACUGUACAAAAUGGACCAAUAGGAGAAUAUCGACUACCAUUUGAGGAUGAGGUCGGUCUCCAUCCUACUUUAGAGGACAUGCAAGAAAGCGUUGUCCAUAAAAAAGAGAGACCGCUCAUUUUAGAAACUUGGCGUAAACAUCCAGGACUAUCAUCAAUUUGUGAUACAAUGGAAGAAUGUUGGGAUCACGAUGCUGAAGCACGCCUUUCUGCCUCGUGCGUAGUGGAACGAGUUGCUACUCUUGGUAGAGCUCUUGUAUUAAAUUCAUCUACUUUGAUUCGUGUUGAUAAUACCAACGAGAUUAUUACUACCAAGGAAUCUAACGAGACUGCGUCGUUCUGCUCGAAAACAGGAGAGGAGUAUUACGCUCGAGAACAGGGAAGGAAUACGGAGCGUUUAUUUUCAUCCGUACAUGUUCUAUCAACGUUCUUCGGACCAAUAGAUUCUUAUUUGACAAAUGACUAUCUCUAAAUGUUCGAGGAAUAGUUACUGACACUUAAACGCGCACAAUGUAGAUGCAUACGUAUAUGUGCCACACUGACAUUCCUCAUUGAUUGUUGGAAUCAUGCAGUAACUAUCCCAGUCGCAAAGUAUGCCAAAUAAAAUUCAGCGAAGCAUUUUUCCUGUAAAGCCACAUCACGUAUAUCAUUAUAAAAUGGAUGAUGUAAUCUUAUUACUGGAAACUGGAACGUUAGCGUUACUUAUGCCCGAGACGAAGACCGAGGAAGUGAUUGUUGAGUAAUAUAAAUACAAUAGAAAGUGCUUUAAAUGUGAUUGAUUUUUCGAAAUUUAACGACGCAUCGAUUGGAAAUAGUGAUGGUGCUUAACUGAAAUGUGGUAAAUGAUGUGUAGCCGAUGUUUACUGGUUACUUCUCAGGCAUAAACAAUGGUAAUGUCUGGAUCCUGUUUAUUACAAAGUACCUGGUAGAUACAAUCGAAUUAAUAGAUUGAAAUUUAAGAUUUUUUUUGCACGAGAGAGAAAAUGUGAACAUCUUAAUUAAUUUAAAUUUUAUAAAGUGCUGUAUUAUUAAGUGUAAUAUUUACUUUACAAAGUAGUACACUAAUCGUAAAAUUUUGCGUGGCUCUAAUAUAUUUUUCACCUUACUUAUAUCCUUACUAAUAAUAUAUAUUUCAUUUUAUCAAAGCGAUCAGCUUAAUGUUAUAUUUAAUAUAAAUAUCGACUGUCGAAUGCGUUUUGUUUAUGAGUAGAAAUAAUUAAUACAUAUGUAAUGUAAUGCGACAUAACUAAGAUAAUGUAGAAUGUAAAUUAUUCAUAUUUACUAGCGGCACGUAUGCCGCAAUUUAUCGAAAGGAGCAAUGAAAUAAGUGUGUUUUUAUUCUAGAACCCAAAACAAUUUCAAUAUAUAAAUCUACUAAAAAACACUGAAACACUAUUGUAGUCUUGUUUUACUGCUCUUAUAUGAAUACGUUUAUUAUAUAUUGAUAAAAAAAAAUAUAUAAGUAAUCGCAUUAAAUCAAUGUUUUUAUAUAUUUAUUCGAAACUAUACAGAACAUCUAGAUAAUUUGCUAGUCGAUAUUGAGUAAUCUUGGAAUCGUAGGAUUUCCAAUCUUCAAAUCGGAAAAAUGUCUGUGUUAGAUAUUAUAUGGUGCUAUAAAACCCAUUAUCUCUUACUUCCCACUUCAAAUAUUUGGGAUUUAAUACUGUAAGCAAUCAUUAUCAUUUGUUGGUGAUUGUUUGAACUGCAGCUAGCAAUUUGCUUAAUAAUCCUAAUAAAUUCGAGAUAGCAAAA